GAACUUGAUACAUUCCCGCACUUUUCCGCGCGCAACUGUAUCGAGCACUUUUCCUCUCGGACAUAGAUUUUCCGACGAAUAAUGUAAUUACUUGUGACCGUAACAUCGAUAUAACCAUGGCGAAAAUAUUCUUGAUAAUCAUCGCUUUCGCUGCUCUAGUCUGCGCCGAAGAAGAUGUAGAACAGAAGAAACGAGGAGCCGUAAAGACUACCAGCCUCAAUUCGAUCCCAACGGGAGUUCAAAAGCCGGACUACACUUACAAUAUCUACUCGAAUCCAAGCGGAGGACAAAGCAGCUCACCGAGUUAUCAAUCGCAAUCAGCGUAUCAGUCUCAAGUGCCUAACUCCUUCUAUCCUAGCCAAAACAACCAGUACUACACCUCAGACACUCCCACAGAUUCCUCUUACCCCCAACAACCCCAAAUAAACCUUAUCCCACCGACAACACCUUCACAAUUUGUUCCCUUAAACUUUGUUCCAAAUUCUGGUUACCAAGCUAAAUACCAGAUCAUCCCAUCGAAGAAUUCCCAAGGGAACAUUCAGCUGGCAAUCGUGCAGCAACCGUCGAACUACCCGUCUUCAGUGCUCCAAUAUCCCAAUUCUUUAAUCUCUUCAGCUAGUCAAAUUUCGCAACAGAACAGUCCUUUCGGCGGAAUCCCUAAUGGUUACUUCAAUAUAGCUCCCAAUUAUCAACCGUUUGCUUUUGGCGGACCUCAACUUGGCCAAUCACCAGCUAUGGUAUUAGUGCCUCAAGGCAAUCCUUCGUUGUACAACAAUCUUCUGUACCCUAAUCCUGUACAAAGUUUUUACAACUAUUACCCUUCAAAUUCACAAGGUAAGUAUAGUGUGUCGUAUGGUUCCCAACAGGCUUCUGAAGCAUCCCAGAGCUCUCCAAAGGAAAGCAAUGAUGGCCAAAAUCUUGAAUAUGCGUCUUCAGAUGUAAAUCCCAGUUAUAAAAACGCGUUCACACCAAGUCGUGGCUCGUCAUAUACCAAACUAAAAUGAUCGUAUUCUUAAUUAGGAAGCGCAUUCACUAAUUCUGUCCCAUUUAAACUGCCAAUCGGCAUUGGGCUCACGUGACUGAUCAUGACAUGGUCCUCUUUAUCCAUCCAACAUGAUGGCUUGUGCCCCAGUAAGGAAGUUAUAUGACUAUAGAUAAUGUAGAUUUUACUAAAAUACUGACAUAAAAUCUAUUAAACAAAACUUAUUUUGCGUAUGAAAAUAAUUAUAGAGUUAAUAAUAGUUAUGUCUGAGAAUGUAACGUGAAUGAUUGCUUAUAAACUGUAGUAACUACUUAAUCACCAUGUAGAUAAAUCUCUUUGUUAUGUGUAUUUCGUUGCCAUUUUAACCAAUAUUUAUUAAGCUCUGGCAGACUGGUUUAAUUUAUGUUACAAAUUGUUAUUUGUUGUUUGUUAACUAUUGUUUGUAAUUAAAUAAAUUCGUCAGCGGUGUUA